GCUCUCGCUGACUAGAGGAACGGAAAAUGGCGGACCUCGAAGACGUUACGCUGGACGGUAGACCGCUCCAGUCCCUUCGAGUUGCGGAUUUAAAAGCUGCUCUUGAGGAGAGGGGGCUCUCUAAAAGCGGGCAGAAGAAUGCACUCAUCAAAAGACUGAAGGGGGCCCUCAUGCUGGAGAAUCUGCAGAGGACCUCCACCGCUCACAUCGGACUGCAGCCAAACUCACAGAUUGGAGAAGAAAUGAGCCAGAACAGCUUCAUCAAGCAGUAUCUGGCUAAACAACAGGAGCUCCUGAGGCAGCGGCUUGAAAGAGAGGCCCGUGAAGCAUAUGACACAAAUGAUCAAGAGGACCACACAGAAGUCAACAACAGUACAUCAUGCCCUCCUCCAGCCCAGGAAGCCCCGCCAGCAUUGGCUGAACAGCACAAGCCACCUGGCCCCUCCGGUGGAGAGGGAUUGUUUGCUGCAGCGAACGAGGCGGAAGGUAACAGAAACCAGGAGGCCCACAUGUCUGGUCCUCCUGCAUCUGGCUCUGUGGCCAUGCGCGUUCCUGUCGCAGAGCACCGACCAGAAAGGGGGUCCGCCUCCAACCAAGUCGCAGCCGACAGCAACGACGAUGACAGUGAUGACGGAGACGAGGAUGGCGACGACGACGAUUGGGAAGGAGGUGCUCGCAGGAGAAGCAGCAGAGAGCCGGCCAGAGCUCCCACGUCAAGAGAGCGGUCCGGAGCCCCCUGUCAACCCCCUCAGCAACACAUGCCUUCCCUUCUGUCCCCUCAACUCCGCCAGCCAACACCCCCUCCCUCCCCACCUCCAGAGUUAUCAUUCCCCUUGCCCGACACCCCUAAACAGAGUCCUCCUAGUCCAGAUGUAGCCGCAGCCGGGCGCUCGUCCAGUACCUCCAGCUCUGGCUCCUCAAGCAGCGACAGCCGCAGCAGCAGCCCGGAGCCGCAGAGGAGUGCCGAGCGUAAGCCAGGCCCGCUGACCCUUUUGGCGCGCAAGAUGGAGUCAGAAGGUGCUUUCUCUGGAGCAGGUUGGCACCGCGCCGCCGGUGUUGAAGGCGACGGCAGAGGGCCUCUAGAGGGUCUGGUUUCUGCCAUCACCCACACAGCCAAUGCGGCGGGGCACAUGUCCUUCCCCACAAUUCCAGGCAUCCCAGGAGCAUAUCCAGCCCAUAUCCAAGCACCCGUGAGUGUGCUCAAGGCCACUGCAGCAGAAGAGAGGGACAGAGAGAGGGACUCCGAGCUAGAAAGAGAAAAGGCCCUUGAGCUGGAAAGGCAAGAGAGACUGAGGAAAGAGCGAGCGAUGGAGGAAGAGCGGGAAAGAGCCCUCGCACUGGAGAGAGAGGAAAGGGAGAGAGCCAUGGAGAGGGAGAGAAUCGAACGUCAGCAGGCCUUAGAAAGAGAGGAACGAGAAAAGGCUUUGCAGCGCGAGAGAGAGCUUGCUCUGGAGCGGGAGAGGCAGGAGAGGGAACUCGCUUUGGCUAGAGAGAGGGAAGAGCGUGCCUUAGCACACGAGCUUGAGCUGGAGAGACAGAGGGCCCUAGAGCAAGAGCGUCUGCAGAGAGAAAGGAAAGAGAGGGAGAAGCGAGAGAGGGAAGAAAUGGAGAGGGCCAUGGAGCAGGAAAGAGCCAGGGCUUUGGAGCAGGAAAGGAAGGAGAGAGAGAGGGCUCUGGAGCAAGAGAGGCUACGGAGGGAACUAGCUCUGGAGGCUGAGAGGAAGGAGAGGAUCGAGAGAGAAAUGGCUUUGGAGCAGGAGAGGCUGGAAAGGGAAAGGAUGGAGAGGGAGAAAGCCUUAGAGCAAGAGAGACUGGAGAGGGAGAGAGCCAUAGAGCAAAAGAGACUAGAAAUGGAGAGAGCUCUGGAGCAGGAGAGACUUGAGAGAGAGAAAGCUUUAGAGCAGGAGAGAAGAGAAAGAGAAAGAGCUAUAGAGAAGGAAAGGUUUGAGAGGGAGAGAGCCAUAGAGCAACAGAGGUUAGAGCUCGAGAGGAAGGAAAAGGAGAGAAUCGAGAGGGAGAAGGUGUUGGAGCAAGAAAGGAAAGAGAGGGAAAGAGCCCUGGAACAGGAGAGGAAGGAGAAAGAGAGAUUUGAAGCUCUGGAACGGGAGAGGAAAGAGAAAGAGAGAGCUGAAAAAGAAAGGCUGGACAGGGAGGAGGCUCUAGAGCAGGAGAGGAAGGAGAAGGAAAGAGCGGAGAAGGAAAGAGUGGAGAAGGAAAGAGCAGAGAAGGAGCGGCUUGAGAGGGAGAAAGCUCUUGAGCAGGACAAACUCGAGAGGGAGGAGAAGGAGAGGGCUCUGGAACACGAGACGCUAGAGAAGGAGAAAAUCAUGCAGAAAGAAAAGGAGGAGCAGGAGAUGGCCUUGGAGCAGGAGAAAGAGAGGGCUAGAAUGGCCGAAAAGGAGAGGGAAAGUCACCUCCCUCCGUUCAAGCGCGGCCGCGAGAUUGGUCUCACCUCCCUGCCCACUCCUCCCCCCCUCUCCACAGGACCGGGCGCAAAGUCAUCGGCAGAGGAAGGCGAGAAGGAAGAGGCUCAAUCCAGCGUGUCACAGACACCUCUGUCGCCUCAGUCCACAUUCAAGAAGUUCCGCUUCGUAAGGGAGCCGCCAAUCCAAUCGUCCUCGCCUUCCAUGGUCAUCAAACGGCCCCGUAACUUCUCCGACACCCCCCAGCCUUUGGCCUUAACCAUCUCCGCGCUAACGGACGUUUCACAGCAGGAAGCACCCAAGUCCUCGACUGAACAGGAAGACCCACAGAAAAAGCAAGAGGUUGCUGCCAAGGCGCCAGAGAAGGAGACCCCUACUCCCAAAAAAGAAGAUGCAAAAAGUCUUGUACCGGGGGAAAAAGAAAAAGUGGAUUCAGUGAAGAUGGAGACAGAAUCUGCAGCUAAGAAAGUGGACAAAAGCAAGGGUCCUACAGAGGACACUGCCCAGCGGAGGGGAAGAGAGACAAAGAAGGACGAGAAACACGCCAGACAACGAUCAUCGUCUAAUGACUCGUCCUCCUCGGAGUCCGACUCUGAGUCUUCAUCAUCCGGCUCCUCCAGCUCAUCCACAUCCUCUCGAGAGAAAACACGUGACACCUCGAAGGGCAAAAGGGAGGAGAAACCCAAAAAAGAUUCCUCACCGGAGCACAGGGUCACACUGGAGGCUCAGGCUAAGGCCGUUAAGGAAACACCAAAAGUCUCCCAGAGCAAAGGAGGAGCUGCUGAUAGAGAAACCCCCACCACGAAACCUUUGAUUGAAGCAGCGACUAGAGAGGAGCCCCAAAGUAAGAAAAGGGACAGCGACGGAGAGAAGGAAACGGAUAAACAAAGGCAUGUGAAGGAGACUGCCAUGGCAGAGCCAGAGAAGCUUCCAGAGACCAGCGAGGAGACGCCAAAGGCCUUCUCAACCCGUAAGAUCUCUAUCAGCAGCAGUAAAUCAUCCCCGGGCCCCGGCAGUGCAGAGGGAGAGCAGGACUCUGGGGCUGCAGCCGGUCGCAAGAGGAGGUGGGGCUCCAGCACCGCGGUCACCGCCAAGAAGCCUUCCUUCAGCAUCACCACGGAGUCACUGAAGUCUCUGAUCCCUGACAUUCGCCCGUGCCUCGGUCAGGAGGCCAUAGUGGACCUGCACCCAGAGGAAGCCGUCCUCUCCGGGGCUGAGGAGGAAGAGAGGGAGCGCUCUGACCAGGACCUACAGAUCCGGCGCACCGUUACACAGGUGGUGCACCCGGAGAGCCAGGAGAAUGGACAGAAGGAGGUGAAGAGGAGCAGGCACGAGGAGUCUGAGGAAGAGGAGGUGCAGGGAGACAAAGAGAGGACAAGAGCGCACGAAGAGAAGGACAGGAGCCUGAUGGAAGCCCAGUCUCCAUCACAUGCCAGCCGCGACGUAGAAAUGAACACUGUGACCCCCGGCGACAUCCUCAUCCGUCGCUCCAUCAGCCAGCAGAAAACGGGUGUUUCCAUCACAAUCGAUGACCCUGUUCGCACUGCCCGGCAGCCCUCACCCCCCCGCGGCAAAGUCUCCAGCAUGGUUCACAUCAGCAACCUGGUGAGGCCGUUCACUCUGGGGCAGCUGAAGGAGCUGCUCAGCAGAACCGGCACCCUGGUGGAGGAGGGCUUCUGGAUCGACAAAAUCAAGUCUCACUGCUACGUCACCUACUGCAGCUCAGAGGAGGCUGUCGCUACGCGUGCUGCGCUCCAUGGAGUGAAAUGGCCUCAGAGCAACCCCAAAGUCCUCAGUGUAGAAUUCUGCCAGCAGGAGGAGCUGGACUUCCACAAAGGCUUGGCCGACAGACCCGGAGCAGAAGAGCCCGGUGCCGGCCGCGGGCGAGCGUCCGGCCUGCCCUCUCUCUUCCCCGAGCGAGACCAGUGGGCCGAGCGCGAGCGAGAGAUGGAGCGCCGGGAGAAGGCCAGGGCGGAGCGGGAGUGGGACCGCGACAAGGUCCGAGACUUCGGGAAACCCGGCGAGGAGAAGGAGGGAGAUCCCCAGAGGUCCCACUCCAAAGAGAAACGCCGCAAAGAGAGGGGGGAGGGCAAGGAGAAGAAGGCUGAGAAGAAAGAUAAAGCCGCUGAGGACCCCCCGGCGAAGCUGCUGGAUGAUCUUUUCUGCAAAACCAAAGCAGCUCCUUGCAUAUACUGGCUUCCCCUUACAGACGAAAUGAUCGCUCAGCGGGAAGCUGCCAGAGCAGAGCGGAUGAAGGUACGCGAGAAACGGAGGAAGGAGUUUGAGGAGGAGGAGUUGAAAAAAAGGGAAGAGGAGCGCAAGGAGAGGGUGAAACCCGGAGGCGGCCAAACCGCAGAGCGGAGCGAGGGUGAGAAAGAGAAGGAGAAGGACAGGGACAGAGAGAGAGACAGAGACCGAGUUAGGGACAGGGAGAGGGAAAGGGAGAGGGAGAACGACAAACGAAGGGAUGGCUACCGCAGGCCAGAAGGCCGCGGGGCCGGCGGGGGCCGACGCUCCCGCAGCCGUAGCGACCCUCGAGACAGGCGACGUUAACGGCCAAUCAACUGACGGGACUGAGACCACACCCUCUUCCAUUUGCCUUUCACUACAUGUACUUUGUUACAACUAAGAUCCAACAGAGGACCAACUGAUGUCGCCACCUUCUCUCAAAUUGUCUCCUUUUUUAAAAGCACAUCCACACCUACACGCAGUCAUGCUUAUAAGGGGACCAUGGUUUUUUUGCAGUGUUGUUUCCCAGAGUGCCAUGCGUGGCGCUUCUGUCAAGACUCGAUAUAUUUUCUUUAUACGUUUGCCUCUUUUCUUCUUAAGUUUUUUUGUCUUGACGGUUUCGCAGUAUGACAUGCUGGGUCAUUUUAAUAAUUUCCCUCCUUAUGUUCCCCAUCCCCCCCCCACCGAAUUGUAGGUGCCAAUUAUGAUUUGCAGUCACUUGUCGUCGCCUCAGUGUUUUUAAGAGAAAUCUGGAUGAGGUUUGUUGCUGCAUGUAGUCCAAGGCUCUUCUUGCCAGCCCUGCCUAAAGAGAAAACUCUGUCCUCCGUGCAGAGGCUUGCAUAAAUCUGAAAAUAUUGGAAUUGGUGUGUUUGGCAUUCUGUACAGACAUAUAAGAUUAACUCAAAAUCAAGUCUUUGAAAUGAGGCAGCUCUGGGGUAUUUUUGGACAGGUGCGGAAUUACUACUAAGGCAAUGCAGUGCUCCUCUCUCCCUCUGUUUAGUUAAGAGAUGAGACGAUGCUCUGUCCGUCACGCCUGACACAAGUUAUGAUUAUGUACUUCUCAUCGCUUCUCUUCUUCCUCCUCUUCCUCCACCGUUUAGCGUCAGUACAGGCCCGAGGGGGGAGGUUACAUUAUGAAUUUUCUCAACAAUGGUUUUAAUAUUGUUUUUUUAAUCUUUAUUUUAUCAUGUUAGUACAAAGGUUUUGUUUUUUUUAAUUUCUUCUUGGAGUACGCCUAUCAGUGGUGAAUGUACAAAUAAUAAAAAUUGAAAUUUGAAA